AACCUUGUGGACACUUGUUGCUGCCAUCAUGAAAAGGCAUGAGUUUUCUCCUUGUUGGAACAUUUUGUUUCCUGCUUAGGAGCACUGAAUGUGAAGCCUUUCUUGGAGGGUUUGUGGUGGGCUCUGCUUCUAGAGGCAAAUCUGUCAUUGCGGUGAGGGGACAGGCAGAAAAGCUGUAGGUAUUUUAAGUUUCUUUCCCCCAAGAGUAGGAUUUCAGGGAACACAGAUACCAAACAUGAACGCAAACAUUCCUUCCUCUCUCAUGGAGAUUCCGAUUAAUUCUUUGUGCUGCUGGUGUUUCAUUAGCUCUUCUGUCAGAGUUGUAAAAAAAUGAGAGUCUCAGAAAUAUUAAAUUGUAACAAACUCCCCCACAAAACAAUUAAAAGGUUUUAAAAGUGAUGACUGUAUUUUAAGGAACCCAGUGAGUCCCAGCCGAGUGUCUGUGUGCCACCCUAGAAUCAGCUGGGAGCCUAAGGAGCGCCUCUCAGCUGUCACUGUAUUAAGAAGCAGUGCUGCCUUUUGUGGAGUCUGUAUAUACUGAGCUCAGGGCCAUGGAGUAAAUAUUCUUGCUGUGUGUUCAUAAUCAUUCUACUUAGAGUAAGCGCUUCUUGGGUGGGUAUUACAAACCUGUUAGUCUUUAUGGUAUUUAUAGGGUAAUUUUUAACUCUCUUGAGCUCUUUACUUCCUUGUGGGUCAAUUACUCAAUUUAUAACAUCGUGUCAGAUGUAAGAACUUUACCAUUCAAGAGUAAACAGUGUUGGGGAUGGUUCUGUACCUGUGUUUGCACUUAGUUUUUUGUAUAUUAAGGUACGCAAUAACUUAUUCUGUGACUGACUUAUUGGGAUUUCUUUUAGUUCCCCUGGUUUGCGCUUUGAAGUGACUGUAGUGUCUUAUUUUAGCUUUUGUGCUUCAUCAGUAAUGCAGGAAGAGGAACUGUUCUGCUUUUGCACUUGCUUUGCCACGUGGCUUCCAACUUCCCUGCUCAGGCAUAGCUGCACCUGGAUUUUGCUGGACUUGAAAAAUUUCUUUUGCUGAGUUGUAGUGUGUUAUUCACAGGUAUUAAUAAGGUGUCAGCAUUGGGGAGAUUGGGAAAGAAAUGCAGGCUGGGCAGGACUCUUGUUUCUGUGAGUAAGCUCAGGGUUGUUAAUAAUCUGAUACACUGAGUUUAUGCUUCAACACUGAAGCUUAUUAGAGCAAUAGAAAAUUGUUACAGAGGGCAGAUUACAGUGGGAAAUGUGAUUUGUCUCUUAUACAGAGCUUGCACAUUUAGUUAUAAUUUUCUUGAAAGGUUAAUUCUCAGCUUCUCUUCAGAACAUUCUGUGCAGGCCUUUCUGUAGGGAAAAAAAAAAUUGGACCCAAUUUAAAUAGACAAGUCUUGUGAAUCCUGAAAGAAUUUGGGCAUUUAGCCCAGGAAAGGGAGAGUUCUCUGCAAGAACUUCAUUAACCCUGUCUGUCAUCAAAAUAAGUAAUAAAAGUAGCUCUGCAGACAUUGUAAAGAACAGAUCUUCUUUGUUUUACCCUGUGGCCUUGAUCUGCAAGGUGCUGGUGGAUGAGUCUUGUUCUUUAGGGACAGCUGUGCCCGUGUGGAGGGGAGAUGGAGAUGUGCUGCACUCAGGGAUACAGAAGUGGGGAUGUGAACUCAAGAGCUGCAUCAGUUUUUGGAAAGCUUGUGCCGUUGGUUCCAGCAGAGCCGAGAGGCAGAGUUUGGUAUGAUACCAUGGAAGGGCAGCACAACCAUCCUCAUCAUCUAGGGGACCAGAACAACCCUCUGUGCAAGCUGCCGGGGCAGGAAUUCCAGCAUGAUCCUCAGAGACAUUUAACGUCGUACCCGUAUCGCUGCACCUUGGCAGAUUUUCAGAUUGAGAAAAAGAUCGGGCGAGGCCAGUUCAGCGAAGUUUACAAAGCCACUUGUCUUCUGGACAGGAAACCCGUGGCGCUGAAGAAGGUGCAGAUUUUUGAAAUGAUGGAUGCCAAGGCAAGGCAAGAUUGCAUUAAAGAAAUUGACCUCUUGAAGCAACUGAACCACCCCAACAUAAUUAAGUAUUUGGAUUCUUUCAUUGAAGACAAUGAACUCAACAUUGUCCUGGAGCUGGCUGAUGCUGGGGAUCUCUCUCAGAUGAUUAAGUAUUUUAAAAAGCAGAAACGGUUAAUCCCGGAAAGGACGGUGUGGAAAUAUUUUGUGCAGUUAUGCAGUGCAGUGGAACACAUGCACUCCCGCAGGGUGAUGCACAGAGACAUAAAACCAGCCAACGUGUUUAUAACAGCCACAGGGGUGGUGAAGCUGGGAGAUCUUGGAUUAGGCCGGUUUUUUAGUUCUAAAACCACUGCAGCACAUUCCUUAGUGGGAACUCCCUACUAUAUGUCCCCGGAGCGGAUACACGAGAACGGCUAUAACUUUAAGUCUGAUAUCUGGUCCUUGGGCUGUUUAUUGUACGAGAUGGCAGCUCUGCAAAGUCCCUUCUAUGGAGAUAAAAUGAACCUGUUUUCUCUUUGCCAAAAAAUAGAGCAAUGUGACUACCCACCUCUUCCAGCUGAACAUUAUUCUGAAAAGCUGCGGGAGCUGGUCAGCAUGUGCAUCUACCCCGACCCAGAUCAGAGGCCUGACAUCGGCUACGUGCACCAAAUAGCCAAACAAAUGCACGUGUGGACCUCGAGCACAUGAGGCAGCGCAGCACAGCUCAGUCUUACUUGAAUUCUUUUCUCAGCUGAAAGCGACUGGUGCCAGGUCACACAGGUGGGAGGUUGAGCACUCGCAGCAGAGGCUCCAUCAUUUGCAGGUUGUUUGACAAGGACUCUUACAGGUGGUUGUGCUUUAACGUGAAGAUUCUGUGAGGUAUUGCAAGUGAUUCUUUUCAUUUUUUAUUUUUAAGGCAAAUAAUGUUACGGAUGUAGAUCAUUUAAGGGUCCUUUCUUAAAACUGUUGUGUGUAAUCUAGGAUAGCAGCUAUUACGAGGGCUCAGCGUUUGCCAGACCUUCUAUCUUAACUGUAAUGUGAAAUAUUGAAAUAAUUCCUUCAGUGAAAUCACUUUAUACUAAUGUAAGGAUUACCAUAGAUUUUGUGUAAUUUGUAUAACUGCUACUUUGCCUCUUCUGCAAAUGGUUAAUAGCAAAUUCAGUUUUUACUUGGUAUAUUUUAAAGCAGCCAUUUAUGUUUUUAUUAAUUUCCUCCUCUUCAGACUUAGGAACUGGGAAGGGUUGGGGGGGUGGGAAACCCUUUCGUUUCAUGAUUUCUUUUUUUUAAAUUGAAAACUUAGGAGUAUUUUGCUGAUGCAUUUCUCUGUCAGAGAUGAGUUAAACAUGAGCCUGGGGAAAAGAGGAUGAACGUGCCAAGCAAACCCCUAGCAGCCUUGCUCCUGCAGAGAAUUGCUCCUCUCCCUCAUGUUUCCCUUUUGGAAUGGUUCACCUCCAGGUGACCCUUCUUCACCUGCAGGUUCCUGUUUCAAUCCAGUGUUUAUCAAAGCCAACUCAGUUUUGGUGCAGAGACUUUUACACGUUCAGUAGUACAUCGGGUACUGUCGGUGGAACUUCAGCAGUGUUUUAAACACUUGGAAAAUUAAAAAAAAAUAAAUGAAAUGCUUUGUGUAUGGAAUUCUGCAUAGGAUCAGCCCCUUCUCUCAAACUGUGAAAGCUCAUUACAGAAUGUGAAUGUUUAUAAAAUCUCCACGUGAUCUGAAGGAGUCAUCGUCUUUAACUGCAUGAAAAUUGUCAGCCAGCUAAAUUCAUUCAUUGAAUCAAUGAUCUGUCUCACUACUGUCACUGGAAAUACUGCUUCAGGAAGAGCCGUGGAGUCACGUUGCAGUGUCUCCAUCCCGUGUGCCCGGCAGGAGGAGCAGGGCUGCCCUCGGUGCUCCAGAGGAAAUCCUUCAGCCUGUGCUGCUCCAGCGCCGCUUCCUCGUGGGACAGGGGCUCAUCCAAUGUGCAGAUUUGAGUGUGGCAGUUCAAAUGCAGCCUGUGCCUGGUUUUUUUCUUAAAGAAAGCUUAUGAUCCUUAACUUUUUUGAACUAAGAUUAGGGGUAGGGGGUUACAUACAUAUAUAUGCUUUUAGUGGAUUUUUUUAACCUACUUUUCUCUACUUAAAGGAAAACUGCAGUGCCAUCUUCAACUACUCCCUGUAAAAUUUGGGAAUAUUUGUAUAGGGUACCAAGGAAAGCCAUUAAUUGCUGUGAAUAUGAUUGGUGUCAUUAAUGGAAGGUGCCAUUUACUGAGGCUUCUCAGCAGAAAGUUGAGGCUGCUGCUCUCGGGCGAGACGUGGGAAAUUUAAAUCAGCAGGAGAACAUCCUGGAGGCACCAAAUUGCUCCCACCAUUUCCAUGCCAAGCAGCCUGGUUAUUCAUACCAGCUCUUUAGCACUUCCCAGAGUUCAGCCUCAACCUCUCUGCUUCCACUGCAGCUUUCCUUGGAGCCAUGGCUUCCAGGGAAGCUCAGCUCAAAUAUGAGUGUCUGGACAAGUCUGGUCACUUUCUUGCUACAUGAAAUUUCGUAGUGCUUAUAAAGAAAUGUAUUUCAAAAGGUAAUUUUUUGCAACUGUGCCUUUUUAGAUAAAUAAAAAAAUUAUUUCCAAAAUAAACACCUUUGUUUAAAAAAAAAAA